AUGCACAGGAGACCGCGUCCGUUUCGAAAUCUUUUGCCCAAUUUGCUUCAACGCCUGCGUCCCAGCGAAGCAAACGACAAAUCCUCCAGGUCCUCCGAUGUCAGUGGGGAUGGAACCAACUACACUGACUCUAUCAGCAUGUUUUCAGUUCCCACCUCAUAUACCGGAGGCUACUACGACCACGUAGAUGAAGAAUCUGAGUCUCUCUUGACUGUCUCCGAUCUGGAAAGUUAUCGACUCAGGCGUCCACAACGUGAAUCGGAACCUUGUUAUGCGGAGUAUGCCAAUGUCGGAGGGGUCGGUGAAAAAACACCUACUAAUUCUCCCACUCCAAAAGCCUCUCCAAAAUUGACUAAGGCUCUAUGGGAAGUAGGGAAAGUAGGGGAUGUUCCGGGAGAAGUUAGGGGAGAGCAGAAGCCGAAGGGCAGGUCAUCACCGAAGGUUGCCAGACUGGAGAGCAUGCGGGAUAUGCAUCGACGUAUGAAAACUCUCACUCAUGUGUUCCCCUCUUUCGUACUAAAUUCACAGAUGGAGAAUGUUGAAGAGGUAAUGAAGUUUAUUCAUCUUGCUUAUUUCCUUUCUCAGCCCGAUGAGGACGCCAAACUUGGAUUUGCAAACAUUCCGGACCAAAUGCAUCGUAAAGCCGUGAAGAAAGGAUUCAAUUUCACUCUCAUGAUUGCUGGUGAGAGUGGUUUGGGCAAGGCCACUCUGGUAAACAGUCUCUUCAUGCAGGACCUCUAUAAAGACAGGGAGCUCCCUGACGCCAAUGAGAUGGUCAAGAAGGCAACAAAGAUCGAGAAACGCCAAAUUGAAUUGGACGAGCGAGGUGUAAAACUGCGUCUAACUAUCGUUGACACACCCGGUUUCAACGACGCCGUCAACGCGGAAGAUUGCUGGAAGCCAAUCGAGGACUACAUCGACAGCACAUUUGAACAAUACUUCAAGGAUGAGUGCGGUUUAAACCGUAAGAAUAUCCAGGAUAAUCGUGUUCAUUGCUGUCUCUACUUCAUCUCACCUUAUGGCCAUGGAUUGCGUCAGGUGGAUGUGGAGUUCAUGCGACGUCUGCAAAACAAGGUAAACAUAGUUCCUGUGAUUGCCAAGGCAGACGCGCUCACCGCUAACGAGUUGCGUGCCCUCAAGGAACGCAUCAUGUCCGAUUUGGACCGGUAUAAAAUCGACAUCUACCGACUUCCCGAGUGCGACUCUGAUGAGGAGGAGGAAAUCAAACGGUUAGACAAGGAAAUUAAGGCCGUCCUCCCAUUUGCAGUGAUCGGAAGCAACUGUGUGAUCGAGGGCGAGGGUGGUAAGCGAGUGCGAGGCCGACAGUACCCUUGGGGCGUGGUAGAGGUGGAAAAUCCCAAACAUUGCGACUUUACGAAAUUGCGGAUUUUCCUCCUUAAGACCCAUAUGCAAGACCUGAAGGACAUGACUCUUGAGGUGCACUAUGAGAACUAUCGUGCUAAGUACAUAACCGAGCGGAUGUCACGAAGGCAAACAGAUCGACGAGAAGGCAUGGGUGCACCCCGUGCUGAUCGUGAAAACGGACCUGGUUUCGAGGCCCUCAUGAGUGCCGAUUGCCUACUGCGUCAGAAGGAAGAUGAAUUACAGCGAAUGAGCGCCAAGAGUCUGGAUCAAAUGGCCCGCGGCAAGACGUCUGACGGUUUGCUUGCUAACCACAACGCAACAGGUAUGGCCACCAAUGGGGGCACUGGGCUAACUGGUCGUAGUUCUACUACCGCGGCCACUGGUGCCAUGCCUGGUCCGGGUACACUGCCUCCCAAAGCCAGUCUCUCGGGUCUCUAG